CUAACUACCAAUGCAGACGAGUAUCCGAGAUUAUCAACGACUAAGUCGAUAUUAACGGCGUCUUAACGAUCAAUAUAUCCCACAUCUACGUCACGGCCCUUUUUUUCUGCUACUUCUAAACCGUCCUCUUACAUGGAUCGACAAUGGACCGAAUAGAUAGUGGAUUCGCUGGAUUUCAACAUUCAAACAUGGCCAGCGAAAAACCAGUGCUACUUCAUAGGAGCAACACGACAUCUAUCCACCAACGGAGGUCCAAGAAAUCGGCUCUCGAGCCAUCAUCGUCUUCUGUCCAAGUCGCGAAUAUGGAAACCCGCCGACCCGUAUCAGAGCAGCGCUCAAGACCUCUACGCCAGCAAUCCACAACCUCAUCCGAGAACUCAACCAACCGAUCCAAAAGCCGCGGUCAUGGCUCCAAACCCUCAUCCAGACGCACCUCUUGCACCAUAGUCGACCCUUCGCGACCAGCGCGCCACUACCGCGUUAAAAGCUUCCAAACCCCACCCACAGCCGACAUCGACGACGUGUUAGCCCUCCACUUCCGCAGCUGCAGCAUCUUCUCCAACCCCUCCUACCAAUCCCACUCUGGUCUCCCCUCGCCUACGCUCUCCCAUGGUGACGCGUUCGGCUUCCCCAGCAACACCAGCACCACGCGCUUCAGCACCGACACCCUGCGCGUCGUCCAAGAAUCCGACGCGCACCACACCCGCCCCGCCACCGAGCCUGCCCCUCUCCAUGACGACGCCACCGCUGCCAAAAAAACAAACACGACUAUGCACUGGACAUCGCCCUGCACGCGCCAACGCGAGUACCAAAGAAUCGACAAAGCCAACAGCGGUCUCCGUGGUUUCUUGCGCAGAAUAACGCCUAGAUGCGUGUCUGGUCCUCAGGAGAAAUUCUACAGCAAGACGGAUGAGGAUGGUGGGUCUGUGCGGCGGUAUCGCAUCAGCAACGAGGAGUACGAGCAAGAUGAUGGGGAAGAAGGCGAGUUUGACUUGCAGGCUGUGAAAGAGAAACAGCAGCAAGGUGCGAGACCUAGGACUAGUCCUGUGCCGAGGCCUGGAUCGAGACCGGGGAUUAGGAAGAGGUGGACGUGCUUUUAGCUUUUUGGUGUGCUGGAGGGAUACGACGAUGAUAAUGAAGGAGGGGACUACAGGGCGCCCCUUUCUUCGGAUACCCACAGUGCGCUAUUACUAUCUGCCUCUUUUUUUUUUACAAAAAAAAACGCAGCGAUGAAGGAGUUGCUCGGCGUUACAUGCUAGCUCCCUUGUUUUCUCUCCUUUUGCUGUUGCAGCAAAUCGAGAUAGCAAGGCGUAUCUUUUUUCCUUUUCCUUUCCCUUUUCCGGGUCGGUUCUUUUUGUUGUUCGGGAAUUUCCUUUACUUUUUUUUUUCUCUUUUCCUUUCUCACUAUCACGAUACCCACGGCAUUUAUAUGUUUUGCGUGCGAAGUCUUUUUUUAUCCAUUAUUAGCGCCAGCAGAGAAAGAAAGAAUGAGAGAAGGAAGGGGAAGGGAAGGGGGGAGAGGGAGAGAAAGCACUAUACCACCUUAACGUUACCUAGAACUUAGAAGACGGGGACCGAA